CGUUACAUGUCUAACCCAUCCCUCAGAGGAAGGCGAGACACCUGUCGCAGUAAAAAGACGAGCCCAUACUCCCUCUCCUCUUCUUCGAAUCCAGUCCAUGCACCCGGGGAUGAACGGCGUCGUGUGGCCGGAUGAGGUCGGCGACGACGAGGACGGUGCGCCGUGGGCCAGAACAAGCGCCGCCGGCGCUAGCGGCGGCGCGAUGGGCGAUGGCAAGGAUGAGCUCGAACUGCCGAGUUUCAAGUUCAUGCUCGAUGACGAAUGGUACAUGGGCGCUACUACGGCAGUGUCCGCCGCUAACCUUGUACCCGCCGCUGCUGGCCAUCACCCCUUCGACGCUUUCCGGCAGCAUCCGGAGCUCAAAGACGUGAGCUUUCCCUCGAAUCCGAAGCCGCAUGAGGCCUUGCUGGUUCCGCCCGUGGAUGACCUAGAUCAAAAUCCUCUUCUUUUUACUCCAAAAUCCGGCUUCUCCUCCCUUUUUGGUGUGGUUUGUUCGAGCCCCUUCGAUGCCGGGUUCGAUCUCGGGGGCGAUGCUACGGGGUUUCUUUCCGCUCCCCACGCCUCCGCUUGUUCCGUCCUGAUGAACAGAGGCGGCAGCAGCGGCGAAGGGGAAGGAGUCAUGGGGUUCGUCGGAUUGCGGGUGGGCGACCAAUUUGGUUGUGCUGAUCUGAGCUCAGCAGCCGAAUUCUCCGGUGGGCGUCUACUGCCCACGUCCGAGAACUGUUCUGGUUCCAUCUCGACUGCUGCCUUCAGUUCCAUGGGCUUCGACUGCUUUGAGAAUUCUCCAUUUCUCAACAGGUCCAAAGUUUUGAGGCCAUUGGAAAUUUUUCCUCCUAUGGGAGCGCAGCCUACUCUAUUCCAGAAGCGGGCCGCCGCCGCUCUCCGGCAGAAUUCCAAUAUGGGUGGCGAAAAAAGUGGCUUCUUGGGGCUGUGGAGCCCGGAAGGAGGUGGGCAGGGCAACUGGGGAAAUUCCGCUUUUGAAGAAGAGAUCGAGAAGAAGAGGAGGGGGAAUGAGGAGUACGAGAUGGACGAUGGAAGCAUGGACGCAUCAGGGUUGAACUACGACACGGAUGAUGGUGCGACAGAGAAUGCCAAAAGCCAAGAGGCUGUCAAGGACGGCCGCACAGGGAGCGGCUCGAUUGCCCACAGCACAGUGACUGGUGGUGGAGACCGGAAGGGGAAGAAGAAGGGCCUCCCAGCCAAGAACUUAAUGGCGGAAAGGAGGAGACGAAAGAAGCUCAAUGAUCGGCUUUACAUGCUAAGAUCUGUGGUUCCCAAGAUCAGCAAGAUGGACAGAGCUUCUAUUCUUGGUGAUGCAAUUGAAUAUUUAAAAGAGCUUUUGCAAAGGAUCAAUGACCUUCAUAAUGAACUAGAGUCGACUCCUUCGAGUUCUUCAGUCCCUGCUACUAGUGGGAUGAGCUUUCACCCUCUGACUCCAACACUACCGACUCUUCCAUAUCAUGUGAAGGAGGAACUUUGCCCAACUAGUCAGCCAGCAAGGGUUGAGGUUAGGCUAAGAGAAGGCCGAUCAGUCAACAUUCAUAUGUUCUGCGCCCGUCGACCUGGUCUAUUGCUCUCUGCCAUGAGAGCACUCGAUGGCCUAGGACUUGACAUCCAACAAGCUGUCAUCAGCUGUUUCAACGGAUUUUCCUUGGAUGUUUUCCGAGCUGAGCAAUGCAAAGACCCGGGUGUUCUACCAGAAGAAAUCAAGGCAGUGCUCUUGCAUUCUGCAGGGUUUGACGACACAAUGUUGUGAAAAAUCAAGGAAUCGCCUGCGACUGCAGUGCUUCCGCGGUCGCUGGUCACUUCCAGUUUCCAGUUGCUUGAACAUCUUUAGCAUUCCAGCUGUUUAAUCUUAGGCUUUGUUACAUGGAAUCUUAGAGGAUCCAUAGCUACAUCCGUCUCCUUACAACAGUGUCAGUCUUUCUCAUUAUGCAAUAAUAAUCUACAAUUCAAUGUUAGUUUGUAUUGUUUUAACAUGCAAGCAACAUAUUAUCUUGUAAACAACUAACUCUUUGGUUGAGGAAGUAGAAAGUUCAUCUUUAUAUAUAGUUUAUUAAGCCA